GCUCAAGAAGGACCUAAGCAGUGUCCACCAUGGGACAGACGGCAGGGGAGAAAGAAACCUUCAGAAUGGAAAUGGGCUGACACUUAAUCAUGGGGUUUUCCUGAAAACAUGACUUGCCUUUCUUCUGACCUGUGAAGAAAUUUGGAGAAAGACCCUCACAAAGACCAUGGCCACACACAGGAGUUUCUUCUAGUUUUUUCUUAUUCGUUUCUCCUGUCUAACUUCAUCUUGGGAGCCAGCAGAAAUGUCCCAGCUGGCACAAGCCCAUUGGAGAGGAGUCUAGAAACCUCUCUACCCACUGCCCCUCCUCUCCACACCCCCGACACGUGGUCCCAGGAUGCAGAAGCCGAGGAGGAAACCCAAACCUCUGGGGUUACUGGAGGGUAGCUGCCAGUGGACCACCUGGACAGCACUCUGCCCUCCAGCAGGAAGAAGCAGAAAGAGGGAGGAGGUAAGGCAGAGAAUAAACAACCCUGACCAGGGAGGUCCAAAGGAGGAGGCGGAGUUUGAGAGGCUGUACUUCAGCGCAGCCUGCCAGACCUCUUCAGGAAGAGUGCUGGACAAAAGGGGACACGCGUUCCUUCCGGACAGUUGAGCCUCUACCUGCCUGGUGCUGGUGACAGCUCAUCUUUUUCACUAUGGUGGCCCCCAAUGGCAAUGAAUCCAGUGCCACAUAUUUCAUCUUAAUCGGCCUCCCAGGCUUGGAAGAAGCUCAGUUCUGGUUGGCCUUCCCUUUGUGCUCCCUCUACCUUAUUGCCGUGCUAGGAAACCUGACAAUCAUCUACAUUGUAUGGACUGAGCACAGUCUACAUGAGCCCAUGUAUAUCUUUCUUUGCAUGCUUUCAGGCCUUGACAUUCUCAUCUCCACCUCAUCCAUGCCCAAAAUGAUGGCGAUUUUCUGGUUCAAUUCCACUACCAUCCAGUUUGAUGCUUGUCUGCUACAGAUGUUCGCCAUCCACUCUUUAUCUGGCAUGGAGUCCACAGUGCUGCUGGCCAUGGCCUUUGACCGCUAUGUGGCCAUCUGCCACCCACUGCGUCAUGCUACUAUGCUCACGUUGCCUCGUGUCACCAAGAUUGGCGUGGCGGCUGUUCUGCGGGGGGCUGCGCUGAUGGCACCCCUGCCUAUCUUCAUCAAGCGGCUGCCCUUCUGCCACUCUAACAUCCUUUCCCAUUCCUACUGCCUACACCAAGAUGUCAUGAUGCUGGCCUGUGCUGACAACCGGGUCAAUGUCAUCUAUGGCCUCAUUGUCAUCAUCGUUGCCAUUGGCCUGGACUCACUCCUAAUCUCCCUUUCAUAUCUGCUUAUCCUUAAGACUGUGUUGGGCUUGACACGGGAAGCCCAGGCCAAGGCAUUUAGCACUUGUGUCUCUCAUGUGUGUGCUGUUUUUAUAUUCUAUGUGCCUUUCAUUGGAUUAUCUAUGGUGCACCGCUUUAGUAAGCGGCGUGACUCGCUCCUGCCUGUCAUCAUGGCCAACAUCUACCUGCUUGUUCCUCCUGUGCUCAACCCUAUCGUCUAUGGAGUGAAGACAAAGGAGAUCAGGCAGCGCAUCCUUCGUCUUUUCCAUGUGGCCACACACACGUCGGAUCCCUAGGUGUCAGUGAUCUAACGUCUUUUCCAUCCAAAUUCUUCUGAUUCAGAAUUUCAUAUCAAGAUUUUGGAAGACAGUGUUAAGAAAAUACAUCUCC